AUGUCUUAUCCCGAAGAUGUUUAUACAAGAGGAUUGUUUGACGAAGAAGAAAGUCCUAUUAAGUAUUUUAUCUGUUUCAAUUGCGGUAAGUCGAUUAGAUCUUCGUAUUUCCGGUCUAAUGGACAUCACUACCAUCGACGAUGCUUUGAAAACUUUUAUACAGACGAGUUACUAGAAUUACCUACGAACAGAAACGAAUAUGCAUCAACUGUGAACACUCCGAGAUACCGUCCAACAAGUGUCGAGGAUGUAGAAACUGUUCGAUUUAGUCCAUGGAAUUUUUCCGAAAGGUCGUUUGUAUUAGAAGAACGAACAGUUUUACCACCUAUACCAAGACCGAAACCUGCAUCUACAAGGAAGACUUCAAUCGAACCUGGCAUUGCACGAUAUGUCGAACGUCGUCGUGCUUUUGAAGCUAGAAAAAACUUUAUUCCAGCUGGACAACAGCAAUCCAUGUACUCAGACCCGUUAUUGAGUCCAAAAAGUUCAGAUAUAUACGAUGUUUCAACCACAUCUUCUAUCAAACCUCGAAUUUUGCCAUUGAUACAACCAAAAAAUGUCCAAACAUGCACUAUUUGUCUUGAAAAGAAAUCAAAAACUCAAUUUGAAAUCCGCCAUAAUAAACAAUGUAUACAUAAGCAACGUACAAUAUGCGAUGAAUGUCUCUAUCAACAUGUGAAAAUUUCAUUUCAAAAUCUUCUUAUUACCGAUUAUUAUUGCAUGGAACCAGAUUGUAGAACUGUAUUUGAUUUGCAAGCUAUCCAAAAGAUUCUCAAAUACGCUAGAGAUAGACCGAUACUAGAUCGAUAUAAUGCAUUUCUUAGGGAUCGCGAACUUGAAAAACAGGCGGAUUUUCUUUGGUGUGCACAUGGAUGUGGGUGUGGUCAAAUUGUUAUCGAUGGCAAUGAAUAUAAUAUUAUCACUUGUAGAAGAUGUUUCAAGAAAACAUGCUUCAUUCACCGAACCGUAUGGCACGAAAAUCUGACAUGUAAGCAAUAUGAUGAGAAAAUUCGAACUGAAGAACAAGAAACAAAUCAAUGGAUCGCGCAACGUACUAAAAAGUGUCCGAAAUGUUCUGUUAACAUUGAGAAAAACCAAGGUUGUGACCAUAUGACUUGUAUAAGAUGCAAUUUUGAGUUCUGUUGGAUAUGUCUUGUCGACUUUCAAGAUAUUCGAAGGGAUGGAAAUCAUCGGCAUCAUUCGAGUUGUAGACAUUAUUUUGCGUUUGGUCAAAGACACGAACAGACCAAUUUUUGA